UCUCUCUCUACUCCACACAGACACGCAUUCUGUCAGCAGAAAAUCCAGCUGUAGCUCAAAGUAUUCGCUUCUCUUGGAUUGCUCAAGAUUAAUUGCCUUCAUGUUUAUUAUUUCUUUUUUUACCUCAUAAUGCUUAAGGAGAUCUGCUGUGAAGACGCGUGAGAAAGUAUGUGAAGUGAUGAAGAAGAGCAGAGGAAGUUCUUCCAUGGAGAUGAAGCACCUGCCUAUGACUUAUUUGAACCUAGGCAUUCAGACUAUGCCUAUAACUGUGAUUACAUCAUCAUCAGGUUUUUAAAUCUGAAGUCAAUGUUUUUAAUUGUCCAGCGUGAGUAAACUUGAAUCCAGUAUUCUGGAGAUAUGUCAAAUGGAGUGACAGGAUAUGCAGCACACAUGGGCUCUGAGUAAACUCCUUGGAGAUAUUAUGAGUUAGACAAGUGUGUGCUAUGCUUAAUACAAAUGCUAAAUUACUCUCUGCUGGGAGGCAAACAGUCUGUGGGAUUUAAACAAGUUGUUAUGUAGACAUGACCACUGUGUCAGCAGAGUCAAUGGUGGUGAUGGUCGAUAAAGUGCCAAAUGGAACUGAGAUUCCAGUGGCAUCAUCUGCUGAAGAUGUGGCUGCAACCUUCACUAUUGGUACCAUCCUGUCCCUCAUGUGCCUUGUUGGAGUGUCAGGAAACAUCUACACCCUGGUGGUUAUGUGCCAUUCAAUGCGCUCUGCUGCCUCCAUGUAUAUAUACAUUGUUAACUUGGCAAUGGCUGAUCUCCUCUACCUGCUCACUAUUCCCUUUGUAGUGUGCACUCACUUUUUAAAGGGUUGGUAUUUUGGUGAUGUUGGAUGCCGGGCUCUCAUCAGUAUGGACUUCCUCACCAUGCAUGCGAGCAUUUUCACCCUGACUGUCAUGAGUACAGAGCGCUAUUUUGCUGUUCUUAAGCCUCUGGAUACAGUCAAACGCUCCAAAAGCUACCGUAAGGCCAUUGCUAUUCUGGUGUGGACAGCUUCGCUGAUUCUAACACUUCCCAUGAUCAUUGAUGUAGAGCUAAGGACAGAAAAUUCCAAGUCAAUGUGUCAGACCACACUAAGUCCUCUUUCUUACAAGAUCUAUAUCACUUUCCUUUUCUGCACCAGCAUUGUGGCACCGGGUGUCAUAAUCGGCUACCUCUACAUCUGCCUGGCGCGUACUUACUGGAUCUCACAGACGGAGAACUUUAAGCAGACUCAGAAGCUGCCAAACCACAAAGUGCUAUAUCUUAUUUUUACAAUUGUGCUUCUCUUUUGGGCCUGUUUCCUUCCCUUCUGGAUCUGGCAGCUACUGGGCCACUUCAAGCCAGAAAUGGUUCCUUCGACCAAGGCCAGGCGUAACAUCAACUAUCUUACCACCUGCCUGACCUACAGCAACAGCUGCAUUAAUCCCUUCCUCUACACUCUUCUGACCAAGAACUACAAGGAGUAUCUUCGUAAGAGGCAAAGAACCGGGACGUCUGGGAGCUAUUUCAACAGAAGGAAUCGUUUCCAACGAUCUCCUCGCCGCUCCCUGUCAUCCAGCAGCCAGCAGUGUACAGAGAGUUUCGUGCUCACAAACAUACCACGUACCAACAACAGCAAUCUGUGAGCAAGAGAGGAAGAGCCAGGAGCAGGCUAAGGCGACAGGAAUCUCCGCACUCAAUUGGGAGGAAGCAAGGAAGAAGAAAAGGAGGAACAGAAGUUACUGCCUAAAACAAUGUUGUCCCCUAUUCCUUGCAUUUCACGAUAAAACCUAAUAGUCUGGUUUGACUACCAAAUUCCGGCUUUAAUAAAUAAUUUAUUUUCAUUUUCACUUUUUUUCUUUCCAAAGAAUUUUGCAUUUGUUGAUUCAGCAUUGUAUGACCACAAAUUAUAUUGCAGCUGACAUUCAAAGGACUAGAUUAAAAUAAAUGUAUUCUAUAUUGAACCCAAUCCCACUCCUGUGAAUUUGGCAAGGAAAAUUAAAGCCAGGAAAAUUUGUCCAGCACCUCACCCUCACAAAAAAGUAUCAAACUGAUGAAAGGUUCACUCUUUAAAGCAAGAGACAAUUACUGAGUCUUGAGCUAUAUCUAAAGAAGAUUGCAGCACUUUCUUCUUCCUCACGUUUCCCUGACACCCCGAUGCUGAGGCUGACAGCAGCUCAAUAUCUGUCCUGUGAACUGACCUGAGAUCAUUAUUCUUCUGCACACACUUUAGCUGAAACUCUUCCGAGAGGAUGUCAUGAUGAUUGCUUACUUUUGUAAAACUUUUUAAAUGGUCCAAUCAGGGUCCAGAUCAUGUUUCUGCAAUGACCUUUAGCCAGCUAUGAAUUAAAAACUUACUAGAAAGAAAGAUUUCUUAUCACAGCACAGCACAGCACAGCAAAAAAAGACUUCUUUUAAACAUAUUAAAUAGUGUAAAAACAUGUUCAUAGUUCAUUUUCUUGUGUUCAGUGUGUUGAGAUGUACGUUUAAAUAAAUGAGCAUGCACCCUUUGA